AAGGACGAAAAGACUACGUUUGCAACGUGUGUCAAAAAAACUUUUCUGUUCAGAGCGAUAUGGUGAAACACAAAAAAUCAGUUCAUGAGGGGCGAAAAGACUACGUUUGUAACGCGUGUCAAAAAACAUUUUCUUAUCGGAGCAACAUGGUGAAACACAAAAAAAUAGUUCAUGAAGGACGAAAAGACUACGUUUGCAACGUGUGUCAAAAGGCAUUUUCUCGUUUGUAUAUAUUAAAGAGACACCAAAGAUUAAUUCACGAAGAACGAAUGGACUACGAGUGUGACGUGUGCCGAAAAACGUUUUGUGAUCGGAGCAACAUGGUGAAACACAAAAGAAAAGUUCACGAAGGACGAAGGGACUACGAGUGUGACGUGUGUCGGAAAACGUUUUCUGGUCGGAGCAACAUGGUGAAACACAAAAAAAUAGUUCACGAAGGACGAAAAGACUACGUUUGCAACGUGUGUCAAAAAAACUUUUCUGUUCAGAGCGAUAUGGUGAAACACAAAAAAUCAGUUCAUGAGGGGCGAAAAGACUACGUUUGCAAUGUGUGUCAAAAAGCGUUUACGCAGAAGGUCAAUUUGAUGAGACACGAGCGAACAGUUCACGAAGGACGAAGGGCCUACGAGUGCGAUGUGUGCAAAAAGACGUUUACGAGAAAUAUGUCUUUGUCAAUUCAUCAAAAAAGAAUCCAUGGAAGCCAAAAAGAGUCUGGAACCUAUCAGCAUUUGGUAGAUCAUCGAGAAAUGGUUCGCGAAGGACAAAAAGGCUAUGAAUGCAACACGAGUCAGGAAGUAUUUCCAGAGCAGAGCAACGUGGAGGAACAUGAAAAAAUAGUUCAUGAAGAACAAAUAAAAUAUGUUUUAGAUGUAUGUACGGAAAAAGAUAACUUGAUUAACCACAAAAUAACUGAUGACAACGAACAAAAUUACUUCGAAUUACAUAAUGUAUUUCGAAAAAAGUUUUGUAAAGGCCAAAAAGGUUAUCGCAGCGAUGUUAUGUUAAAAAGCAACGAGUCUUAAUUUGAUUUUUGUAUCAUAGAAUAAUAUAGUUAACUUUGACAAUUUUAAUGCAACAUUUAAAAACGAUGAAUUAUUUGAUAUAUAAAUAUUGAUCUAGAAACGACUACGUGCCAUUUAUAUAAUUUAAAUAUAUAAACUAUGGCGCAAGAUGCCAGUAUAAGUAAGAUUUUUAACUUAUUUAUAGUGCACUCGUAAUUUGUAAAU